AUGGCUCUAUUUGAAGCACUUUAUCGGAGAAGGUGUAGAUAUCCAGUAGGGUGGUUUGAGGUAGGUGAAUUUUCUCUAACUUGUCCAAAACUAGAUUAUGAUGCCAUUGAAAAAGUUUGGCUUACUAGAGAUAGAUCGAAGAUGACCCAUAGUCAAGAAAAGUCUUAUGCUAGGAGAAGGGAGCUAGAUUUUGAAGGUGAUUGGGUCUACUUACAAAUCUCACUUAUGAAGCGUAUGAUCAGGUUUGGUAGAAAAGGGAAGCUUAUAAUCCCAUAUAUGGACCCGUAUCAAGUCUUGAAACGUGUUUGUAAGGUGUCAUAUGAGUUAGAAUUACCAAAUGAGUUGGCUCAAGAUCACCCGGUGUUUCAUGUCUCCAUGAUUAAGAAGUGCAUUGGAAAUCCGGUCUCAAUCCUUCCUUUACAAGGUUUAGGAGUAGAUGAGAAUAUUUCUUAUGAAGAGGUCCCGUUUGAGAUCUUGGACCGGCAAGUGAAGAGAUUAAGAAACAAGGAGGUAGCCUCCGUUAAGUUCCAUUGGAGGAACCACUUUGUUGAGGUAGCUACAUUGGAGGCCAAGGCCAAUAUAAUGUCCCGUUACCCUAAUAUUUUUCCUUCUACUCCUGAUAUGAUGUCCCGUUACCCUAAUCGUUUUCCUUCUACUCCUACUCAAACUUGA